CUAACUUCAUUGUCUGGUCAAUUAUCUGGGAAUUCGAAUUCAGCUUUAUUAUUGUAUUGCUACACUGGCCAGUUUCAGGCAUGGAUGGAUGAGGCAGGUUCCAGGAAUGGCCAAAUGGACAUGAAAUAUCGCACAACAAUUCUGCAUUUCUGUAGUAUACUUUUUGGAAAAUUGAACAUAUGAAUCGAUCCGAGUGAAUCAUAAUUAAUCAGUCAGCUCUGCUGCAACAAUUUAUCGAGAGAAUCUGCCCGGGGAAGUUCGCCGCAAGGCAAGGCAAAGGCAUCAGUUUGCCUAAAAGUUACAAUUCAUGCAGGAAAUCGCAUUAAUCACAGGGAACAUCUAGCAGCUGAAGUGGAGAGCGAGAUACAAAUUUCCACGGACUAUAAAAUCAAAAACCCAUCAGCAAGAGGAAAUAGCGCAAAAUUGGGGCAGAGAAUAGAAUGCAAUUAACGGCAGCUUUGCCCGAAGAGACAGUAGGAAAAGCAGCAGCAGUUUCCACAGCAUCGACAAGCUCAUUGAGAAAAUUCAUCUAAGCAGCUCUACGCGAAAAAGCAAACUACUCGAAAAGGACAGCAGUAAACCAUGGACAAGAAAUCGAAGAGUAAAGCUAAAAUGAAAGGUCUAAAGCCUAACAAGGAGUCGAGCACUAUGCUGGAUGUGGAUCUGUGGGAGCAAAACGAAGAUCGCUUCACCACCAUCGACAUUCCGGGACCAAAGGCACUGGGCAAGAAGAGCGCUGCAGAAGCGGUCAUCGGAGGCGGUGGCGGAGGAAUAGGAAACGCACCAGUAGCGGGAGCAGCGGUGGGAGCUCUGCCCUCUGGGGUUGUCUGCCCAUCUAAUGCAUUGGCCUUGGCCAAGGACGUUGUCUCAGUACCGAAGGCAUCCAAAGCAGCCGCGCAAAUGAGCACCACCCCCACAGCGUUAAGCAUUGCUGGCUGCGCCUCUGGCACUGCUCUGGUCACACUCGAUGCCGCACUCGUGGAGGCUGCCGAUGGCGGGACAGAGCCGGAGCGCGGCAAUUGGAGCGGUCGCUUCGACUUUCUACUCUCGCUUUUGGGCUACUCCGUGGGCUUGGGAAACGUCUGGCGCUUUCCCUAUCUCUGUUACAACAACGGCGGAGGUGCUUUUCUGAUUCCCUUCACCAUAAUGCUGGUGAUUGCGGGGCUACCCCUAAUGUUCAUGGAGCUGUCGUUUGGCCAAUACGCUGCUUUGGGACCAGUGGCCGUAUACAGGCGCUUCUGCCCUCUGUUCCGCGGCCUAGGUACUGGCAUGAUCCUGGUAUCGGCUAUUGUUAUGCUCUACUAUAACCUAAUCAUUGCUUGGACCAUAUUCUAUAUGUUUGCAUCCCUGGGCACCACGCUUCCUUGGCAGAACUGCGAGCCGGCAUGGAGCACGAAACAUUGCUUCUCGUAUGUCCAGGCGGAUCAGUGCGAGGCCACCAACGGCACCUACUAUCUACGCACCUGCUACAAUUCCACCGUGGCCGAGGAAAAUAACAUAACGACCCUGGCCCUGCAUGCUCUGAAGCGUCCACCAGCCGAGGAAUACUUUAACAAUUUUGUGCUAGGUCUGUCGUCCGGCAUCGAGGAGACGGGUAGCAUUAAGCCCUCUUUGGCGGGCUGCCUCUUCAUGGCCUGGGUAAUUGUGUUCCUUUGCCUGUGCAAGGGUGUGCAGUCCUCCGGAAAGGUUGUAUACUUCACCGCUCUCUUUCCGUAUGUCGUUCUGGUCAUACUGUUUGUGAGGGGUGUAACCCUUCCCGGCGCCAGUACUGGCAUACUAUUCUAUCUGACACCCGACUGGAAGCAGCUGGCCAAUGCUCAGGUGUGGGGCGAUGCGGCGGUGCAGAUAUUCUUUGCCCUCAGUCCCUCCUGGGGUGGACUGAUUACCCUCUCCUCCUACAACAAGUUCUCCAACAAUUGCUACAAGGACUCCAUGAUCGUGGCUUUCUGCAAUAUUGCCACGUCGUUCUUUGCUGGGCUGGUGAUCUUCUCUAUCAUUGGCUUUCUGGCUCACGAGCUGGAUGUGGAUGUGGGAAAAGUGGUGGACCAGGGUGCUGGGCUGGCAUUCAUUGUCUAUCCGGAGGUCGUCACCCGACUGCCAAUCUCCCCGGUGUGGUCGGUACUCUUCUUUGUAAUGCUUUUGACCCUGGGCCUGGACUCGCAGUUCGCUUUGAUGGAAACCGUGACAACGGCGAUUUUGGACAAGUUUCCCAACCUGCGUCACUCCAAGAUUUGGGUGGUACUGUCGGUUGCUAUAUUUGGGUAUAUCGGCGGGCUCGGCUUCACCACCAACAGCGGGAUGUAUUGGCUUCAGCUGAUGGACAAAUAUGCAGCCAAUUGGUCUGUCCUACUCAUUGCCAUCUCGGAGUGCAUUCUUAUCUCCUGGGUGUACGGAUCACAGCGUUUCCUCAACGACAUUCAGGGCAUGAUUGGCAAGAGGUCCUGGUUGUGGAACACUUUCUGGGGCAUCAUGUGGCGCUACAUAACCCCAGCCACUCUUUUGUUUAUCCUGUUCUUCAAUUGGGUCGAAUACAAGCCGGCCAAGUAUGGGCACUACGUCUAUCCAUUGUGGGCUGACACUGUGGGCUGGAUCAUCGGACUUCUGCCCGUGUUUAUUGUGUUCCUGGUAGGUUUUCAGCAGAUCUGGAAGGCUCCCAAGCACCUCAGCUUCCUGGAGCGUAUCAAGUUUCUUCUUAAGCCCACCGCCGAAUGGGGACCGGCAGGCAGACCCUGCGUCAACCUGCAUGCCGAACGUUAUCAGACCCAGAACUACGAUGGUGUGACCAAUGCACAGAUCCUGGUCCAUGUGGAAAUAACACCCAAAACGGCUACUGCAUCCUCGUCGACGGUGGUGACCGUUGAUGUGGAUGUUGAUGUUCUGCCACUGGCAACGGUUGGCAAGCUGCCAGGACCAAGCAUCUUGAAGUCCUCAGCGAAAUACAGCAGCAUUCAACAGGCGGUAGAUGACAAUGGCAAGCACAGGGGCCAGACUCAGACCAGUUCUAGCAAGAAGCCACUCAUCGUAACAGAUACGGAAAAAAAGAAGAACAAUCAAAAAGGUGAACAAAAUUUGGCUAGCACUACCAAGGUUCUGUCUACUGGCACCAUGAGCAGCGGACGUGAAUGCAUCACCAUGUCCACAUUCGCAGGGGCUGGUGAGAAAGACUCAAAGAAAGUAAAUCAGCCGACACUUGGAGCUGUUGGGUCGGUCAAAGCGUCCAUAACAUCUGGUGGACCUCCCUUGAAGCCCAUGGCUUCUACUGUUGCAUCUCGCACAUCUCCACCUGGAAAUGUCUGUGCUGCUGUACCUCAAGUCAGGGCAUCACCGACAGCAGCUAUAUACUGUGAAGAGGACGGAGCUCGGAUCAAAACGACCUCAUCAGUAGCGAUGGGUGCUUUUUCAGUCUCAGGAAGGACACAAUCAACUCUUGGUACCACAGAGAUAGCUAAACUCAAAACAACUAAAACAACUCUUGCUGGUAGUGUAUCAGAGGACAAGCCUAAAGCUGGGCCAACUAUAUAUCGCACUGGAACGAAGCCAACCGCAUCUUUGACAGCGUCUAAGCCAAACACUACAGCUUCAUCGACAGUAAACGUUAGUGCGGCCAGCACCACAACAGUCAAUGCCAAAAUAAAUGCAAAUGCAGCUUCAAACGAUCAAAAGACGCAAGCUGCCGGUAUAACUGUGACGACAAUUACACAGACAGCUGUUUGUGUUGCCAAUGAGAGAGCGGAGCCAUCGCCAAUUUCUGCCAAAGGAAUGCCGAUUUCAGUGAUUUCAACAACAACAACUUUAGCGAGUACAGCAGCUGCAUCAUCAAAACCGCAAACAGUAAGGGCUAUACCAGCGUGUAGUAUACCAGGCGCCACAACACCAGCAACAUUUGCAGCCCCAAAAGCAACAGUGGCAGCUACUCCCACAGAAUCAAAUCCUGCAGUAAAAGCUCCUGCCAAGAGCACUGCAACCAAGGGAUUAUCUUCAAAGCCGACUGCAGGUGCAACAACAGCCACGCCAAAAACAGCACCUCCUUCUUCAUCAGUAACUGCCAAGCUACCCGCGGGCUCUGAAACCGACCCAAGGGAACUAUCAUCUGUCAAACAAUCGGACAUAGCUCUAAAAACAACGUGCAGCCCUGCUGCUUCCGAUAUUGCCCCACAAGCUAAAAACAAAGUCAAAACCACGAAACCAGGCACUGCGAAGCCAAUGGCUACAAGUCCUACGAAGUCGACAGUCAAGCCAAUAAAUCCAGUAUCAACCAGUCCCACGAAAACAAUAAGGGGAAAAGCUAUAACUUCACCUGGAACCUCUGCUAACACAGGAGCAGUGGGAACCGUUGGUAAGACAGGAGCUUCUACCAGUAAGACCACUAGCAGCGGCAAAGCGAAAGCAAAUUUAUCAGCAUCAACUAGGAAAUAAGCAGACGAAGUGAUCUCGUAUUCUCAUAAAACUAAAAAUAGGUAAAUGGGAUAGAAUGAAUCUGUUGAGAUCAUACUAUUGCCCAAUAUCGAAUACUAUUUUUAUAAGUAUUAUAUAUCUAACGAGCUAAGCAAACAAAUUUUGUUAGCCCAACGGCAAC